AUGGCUCGACACGCUACCCGCCAAGGUGUCCUUGUACUCACCUCCGACAAGAUGCCAGCCCCGACCCCAAUAACCGAGAAGCCAAAGAAGAUCCAGGAAGUUGCAGCAGAGAUUCGCAGUCUUCAGCCUGAUGAUGUUGAAGACAUGACUAAUCCCUGUUACUGGGAGGACCUUCACCAGUACUUCCACCCGAUCGAUCUGUGGUACAAAGGCGCUUCUAACCUCCUUGAGGUGGUCUUCCGACUCCUCAAGGAGAAUCAAAUCUGCAUGUGGGUCGAAAGCUGGCUCACCUGGGAACAAAAUCGCUACAGGCUGAAUUGUUGGGAUACUACCAAGGAUAUUAUGUCGGUGUUCGGUCCUUCUGACUGGGAUAACAUCUACGCCCACGGUGUUACCUUCCCGAAAGAUUGCGUUGUCUUCUUCUGUGACCAGCUGGAAUACUGGUUUCACUACUAUCGCAACCCAGACAUUAUGGCUGUGACCUCCCCAAGCACUAUGGCCACCAUCCCUCCAGAGGAUACACUUCCGCUUAACUGUCAAGGCGCUCCCGUAGUAUUAUAUCCCUUCGCACGCGCCGCGUCAGCAGCAAUCCAAGCCACGGCCCCUGACUUUAUCCCUUCGAUUAGACGAAGUUCGGGCUUUUGCGACAAACCUGCUGCCAGCGAGGUCGAAAUUCCAACCAAGAGCGAGCACGUCCAAAAGGCGAACAAGAUACAGCACAAAGCGUCAAAGUCAGGCCCAAUCCCAAAGUCUGAACUCAGCAAACUCCAAGUCGAGACGGGAAUCGCAGGUCCAUCUCGUCUUCCUAACAAAAUUCCGCAGCAAAUGCCAGCAUUACCCAAAUCCUCUACUACUAUUACUAAGGUGCCCCUUACUGGAAUCGUUUUCCCAAGCAAAUCUCAGCUUGGAAACGCCAGCCCGCAGACUCAAACUCGUGACCGUAUCACUUCUGGCCGUUUUCCUAAUCAGCCCGCCUCGGUACCCCAAGCACAAGGCCAACAGAAGAAAAAACGAACCGAGCAGAAGCCCCAAAAUGGAUGGUCUCACUCGCGGAAUGAUCCCAUACAUGGCCCAAUCAGGCAGCAUCACAAACAAGUUCAGGAUAGCAGCAACACCAGCGCUCAGAAACCAGUGGCCAACUCUAUUCCUCAAUGUCCUAACCUUGGGAAGAUGGGUUUUCAGGCCGUCUGGGAACCCUGUGAGUGCAAUCCUUGCAGCAGGAAGAAUCGUAGUGUUCGUGCUUUCCUUGACCAAAAGACAGUUUCCACGCGGAGCAAACUGAAAGCCGUUGAGGAUUAUCUCCGUCGAUUCGGGAGUAUUCAGGGCUCCAGAGCAUCAUGGCCACAUGACAGUAAGACUGUUGCAUAUGUUACUUUUCGGAAGGAAGAAGAUGCGGUGAAGGCCGUGAAGGUUGGCAAUGGUGCCCAAAUUGAAGAUGACACCGGCUUUUUCCGUUUACAGCUCGAGCACCCUUGGGUCACCAAACACUGGCGGUGUCAACCUCAGCAACGCGAGGCUCAAAUUGGACUACCACCAACCAUGGAAACUGCACAGCUCCAUGAGCGCACACCUUCUGUCACUUCUAGCCAGAAGGCUGGCUAUAAUGGCAGUGGCGGUUCAGCCAAUUUGCGCAAUGCCAGAACUUCGAGGCAUCCAUUCAUCGCGGAGACUGAUCCCUUCGUCGGAGGAAACCCGACCAUUUUUUCGAGUAUGCUGGCAUCUUCAAAUCAUCCCCAUCAUCCGCAUCACCCCCCUCAUCUUCAGCACCCCCAGCAACUCCAAUGCCUUGCUCCUUCGCCCUACAGGAUGCCUGCUCCAGGCAAUCCUGCUCAGCCCGUUCCUUUCCACCCUGCUCAUAUGCCUUGCACCAGUCCUAGCCACGUCGUCCCUACAUAUCCCCCACCGCCUCCUUUUGGCAGCGGUUUACCAACAGUGCCACCGGUAGUGCCACAGGCACCCUUUCCAGGGCUGCCUAGGACUCAUUUGUGGCCACAAGGCUUAGGGGUCCCGGCUGUUCAUCAUCAGCCUAGGAUGCCGAUGGUCUAUACCCCUUGGCCCGAGCAACCCCCGCAUGGACCUUAUCCUGGUGGCCCCCAUCAGCACGGACAUAUGCCCAUUCAUGUUGGACAGCGGAUGGGACCGUCGGCAGGACCACGGGCGGAGCAAAUGGCCAAUCAGUCAUCAAAUCAGACCGGACCUUCACACAUUGAGCAUCACCAAGGAAAAUGUCCACAUGCGCAGACUAAGCAACCUGCCGAAGUAUGCUUACUGCAAGAGGAGGAGUUACCAUCCUCAAGCACAAAUUUCUCUAGCUCCCACAGAGUUCCGGUGAGACUGCCUUCGUCUCGUAGUACAUCGGAGGAAAUCCGGUUCGAGCAAGAGACAGCUUCCACUCCGCAGCAGGGCUCGAACGGUGAAGACCAACAGGCUGGAAUAUAUCAGGAAGUGAUAAGGUACAAACCGACCGGUAGGCAAGUUUUGCCGUCUCAGUGGUUCGCCCAAGCACCAAUGAUCCAAGAUAAGGCGUCUCAGAGAAACUCGGACCUGACAGAUGGUGUCCCACCCAUGUUAGAGCCCAAGGAAGCAGACAAGGAACAGAACUUGCCCGGAAACGGAAAAGGCAAGAAGAAGCCUAUCAAAAAGAAGAAAAAGGAGAACGAUGCACAACAAGCUGCAAAGAAGGAGUCACAGCUGGCGCCAGUUGUUGUUGCGGAAGACAAGUCCACGCAGGCCUCGCAAGAUGAGUCUAAAAAGGUGACCAAGAAGAAGAAGAGGCCUGUGAAGAGAGGACCAAGUGCCACUGAGCAAGCUCACGAAAUGUUCAUUGCUCCUGUCGAGAGCGCGCGGGCUGGGAGCGCUCCCGUUGAGAAUGCUAAUACCCCCGAGACCACAAUAGUCAUCGAUAAGAACGAGUCGGUUUCUGCUGCUAUCAUGGCGAAGCCGUAUCGUGCUGAUGCGGGUGGCUCUCUUCACGUUUUCCGACAGCGUUACAAGCCAGCCAUCAGGGAUGUUUUCAAACCGCACCAAGACGUAAAAGACAUAUCCGGGGCAUCAAUUGCAGACAACACUGUGCAAGGCACGACUUCAAGCAGCAUUUCUCAUGAAACCUCGUCAAAGCGCCAAGAUGAGCCAACAGAGGAACAAAUCAGGAAGAAAAUCCACGGUAGCUUCAGCAAUCUCGACGUGGGAUUCAACCCCUGGCCACGUGCCCCUUCAGGGGAGGUUUGGAGUCCAUCCAAACGACCUUUCUUGGCGGCUUCCACCUCAAACAUGAAGCGCUCAAUGACGCCCCAGCUGCCACAAGUCAUAAUAGAGCCAGCGGUGGAUACGGUGACGGAACACGGCCUGCCCACUCCUACCAAGGUGGCAUUCAAGGACACCGUCAUGGAACUGGGUCUCAGAGAUGAGAUUGAUGCACAUCAUAGAGGUACUAAUUCGAAGAAGCCGUCGGGUUCGUCGUUUGUGUCGAUGGCUGAGACCGAGUACACUACUGUUAGCAGCUACCACAGUGCCCGGUCUACUUUUUCAUCAAGAGAAAAUACACCUCCUGGGACCACGCCUCCUGCAUCGCCUUCAGCCUCGGUUGGUGAAUGACAAGAAUUGCAGUCAUGUCAUAUUCGGCGGUUGGGCUAGCAUGUUUUCGCAACUUGGUCCUGUUCUACUGAAAGUUUUCGUCUGCAUCCUUUCAUUUCUGAUCUCCUCAGUUUCAUUUUCUUUUCUUUCUUUUACGUAUGUAUCACAUUUGCUUCUCCCUUACUUGAGCUUGGGCAAUGGCAUAUCAGAUCGGUGUCACUAGAUGCAGGAAAGUUGGUCAAUCUUCAACAACAACCACGACGUUUCCCCUCUCGGUAGUCACCACACCCAAUGUCUCUUUGUCCAUAACCAGCUUCUUAGCGGAGUUGUUCUCUUCAUUUUCAUAGCAUACAUAGUCAAGGUUCUCUACUCUACUUUACAGUACAGGACAAUCUUAACAUAUAGUCUAGUAAUAACCCAAAUUCCAUACCCA